AUGGAUCAGUCUGCCCCGAAGCCCCGCGCGGAAACCAACAGCAAAGAUAUAUGGCAUCCAGGAGAAAGAUGUCUUGCCCCUUCUCCAGAUAAUGAAAAACUUUGUGAAGCAAGCAUAAAAUCUAUCACAGUGGAUGAAAAUGGGAAGUCAUUUGCAGUCAUCUUAUAUUCAGAUUUUCAAGAAAGGAGAGUAUCUCUUAAAAGACUUCAAGAAGUAAAAUCUGUUAAAGAUUGCUCCAAGAAUUUUAUAUUUGAUGAUGAAGAUUUGGAAAAACCUUAUUUCCCAGACCGAAAAUUUCCAUCAUCAGCUAUUCCUUUUCAACUAUCUGAAAAUGGAGACUCUAUUCCUUAUACUAUCAAUAGGUAUUUGCGAGACUACCAAAGGGAGGGAGCCCAGUUUCUCCAUGGACACUUCAUCCGAGGAAGAGGCUGUAUUCUUGGUGAUGACAUGGGACUUGGAAAAACUGUACAGGUUAUUUCAUUUUUAGCUGCAGUUUUGGGUAAAAAGGGAACUCGUGAAGAUAUUGAAAAUAACAUGCCAGAGUUUUUACUGAGAAAUAUGAAAAAGGAUCCACCUUCUACAGCAAAAAAGAUGUUCUUAAUAGUUGCUCCUCUUUCUGUCCUCUACAACUGGAAGGAUGAGCUGGACACCUGGGGAUACUUCAGAGUCACUAUUUUACAUGGUAACAAAAAGGAUAAUGAACUGAUUCGUGUGAAACAGAGGAAAUGUGAAAUUGCUCUAACAACUUAUGAAACCCUGCGCUUAUGUCUGGAUGAACUUAACAGUUUGGAAUGGUCAGCUAUCAUUGUAGAUGAGGUUCAUAGAAUCAAGAAUCCAAAGGCUAGAGUAACAGAAAUUAUGAAAGCUUUAAAAUGUAAUGUCCGAAUUGGCCUCACUGGAACCAUUCUUCAGAACAACAUGAAAGAACUGUGGUGUGUUAUGGACUGGGCUGUGCCAGGACUAUUAGGUAGCAGGAUCCACUUCAAGAAGCAGUUUUCUGACCCAGUAGAACAUGGUCAGAGACACACAGCGACAAAAAGGGAACUAGCUACUGGCCGAAAGGCCAUGAAAAGGCUUGCAAGAAAGAUGUCUGGGUGGUUUCUCAGACGAACCAAGACUCUAAUCAAGGAUCAAUUGCCUAAGAAGGAAGACCGGAUGGUAUACUGUUCUCUGACAGAUUUUCAAAAAGCUGUCUAUCAAACGGUAUUAGAAACUGAAGAUGUGUCUUUGAUACUUCAGUCUUCUGAGCCUUGUACCUGCAGUAGUGGCCAAAAAAGGAGAAAUUGUUGUUAUAAGACCAAUUCACAGGGCGAAACAGUGAAAACAUUGUAUUUCAGUUACCUUGCAGUCCUUCAGAAGGUAGCUAACCAUGUGGCGUUACUGCAGACUGCUAGCACCUCUAAACAACAGGAAACACUUAUCAAAAGGAUAUGUGAUCAGGUAUUUUCCAGAUUCCCAGAUUUUGUGCAAAAAAGCAAGGAUGCAGCCUUUGAAACACUUUCUGACCCAAAAUACAGCGGAAAAAUGAAAGUUCUUCAGCAGCUUUUAAAUCAUUGCAGGAAAAACAAAGAUAAAGUUCUUCUUUUCUCCUUUUCCACCAAGUUGCUUGAUGUGCUACAGCAAUACUGUAUGGCAUCUGGACUUGAUUACCGACGACUUGAUGGAAGUACAAAAUCAGAGGAAAGAAUCAAGAUUGUGAAAGAAUUCAACAGUACUCAAGAUGUAAACAUUUGCCUUGUCUCUACAAUGGCUGGUGGAUUAGGCCUUAAUUUUGUUGGUGCCAAUGUGGUUGUAUUAUUUGAUCCUACAUGGAAUCCAGCCAAUGAUCUUCAAGCAAUUGACAGAGCAUAUAGGAUCGGGCAGUGCAGAGAUGUCAAAGUGCUUAGGCUGAUAUCCUUGGGAACCGUGGAGGAGAUCAUGUACUUACGACAAGUAUACAAGCAGCAACUUCACUGUGUGGUGGUUGGAAGUGAAAAUGCCAAGCGAUAUUUUGAAGCAGUUCAAGGAUCAAAAGAGCAUCGAGGAGAACUUUUUGGAGUCUAUAAUCUCUUCAAACUGAGAUCCCAAGGGUCUUGUCUUACAAGGGACAUCCUGGAGAGAGAAGGCAAGGUGGAAGCUGGGAUCAUGACAGCUACAACGUGGUUGAAAGAGGAGCCUCCAGUACACAAGCUAGAAACAGCUAGGGAGCCGGACUGUCAGGAACACAGAGGUCCAGAACAACUAGCAGAAGCAGCAUGUGAUCUUUGCAGUGAUUUUAGUGAAGAUGAAUCAGCAGGCAGCUCAGUAACAAAGCCUGCUAAAAACAAAGCAUCUUACUCAAGUAAAGCUUCAGUUUCUCCUGGGCAGCUUAGCCUACUCCAGUGCGGUUUCUCUAAAUUGUUUGAGACAAAAUGUGAAACAGUUGAGGAUGUUGAUGAAAAUAUUGCCUCUGACAAUGAAAGUUCUGAUGAACAGCCCACAUGCCUUUCAACAGAAGCCAAAAAUGCUGGUUGUCAGAAGAGUCAAGACUCUCUUGGUACUUUGAAACAUCAGAAAUUAGCUAAUGUCCUAAAUCCAAAUGGAAAAUGUGUUUUUGAUAAAAGUGAGAAAAUUUUAGAAGAAAAUAUUCCUUCUGAGUCUGAUGAUGAGAAAAACUUUAAAAACACAGUUGACCACCAUUGCAUUUUACAGAAUGUCACAGAAUCAGAAGAUAGUGAUAUCAUCUUUCCCACACAGUAUACAACUCAGAGAUUCCUUAAGAAGAAUAUAAGGUUUAAGCUACCUGUGGAUGGAUCUGAAGAUUCUGAAUCAGAAAAUCCUGUAAAUAUAAAAAAUAAUGGUGAUGAUACAAAGACCAAUGUCAGAGGAAAUGGGCUAAUUUCAAAACAGUUAAAUCUUGAAAUUGAGACCCUGAAAUCUAAUACAAAAAGAAAAGGUAGUAGUGAUAUUAGUGAUGAAUCUGAUGACAUUGAAGUUUUCUGCAAGUCAAGAGUAAGAAAGCAAAGAGCUACUAGUUCUCUGAGGUUUAAGAGAAAAAAGGAAAAUAAAAGGGAACGUUACACUUUUCCAAAAACAAGGAAGAAAGCAAACCAGCGGUGUGCAGCAGAUGAAGAUUGUAACUCUCAGACUAUUGAUGAGUUUUCAUCCUCAGAUGAUAAUUUAUCUGUUAGCCACAUCAGUUUCUCUAAACAAAACCAUAGACCAAAAACUAUAAAAGAUGAAAUCAGUGUCUCUUCAAAAUUAGCUAACCAUAAAAGAAAUAACACUUUCAUACCAAGAAAACCAAUGAAAUUUUCAAAUGAGAACAUUGUCAAUCGGAAUCGGAUAUGUGAAUCAAUGGAUAAAUUUUUAGAUGGUGUUCAGGAGGUGGCUUACAUUCACUCAAACCAGAAUGUGAUUGGAUCAAGCAAAGCUGAAAAUCACAUGAGUCGAUGGGCAGCACGUGAUGUAUUUGAACUGAAGCAGUUUUCUCAGCUUCCUGCUAACAUAGCUGUUUGCACUUCUAAGACACAUAAGGAAAAAAUGAAGGGCGAUAUAUCAACAUGUACGAAGGAAUGCCAACCACCAAGUGAAGGUGGCAUUUCAUUUCCUCUUUACAUUUCGCACCCUGUAAGCCAGAAGAAGAAAAAAGUCUGCCGAACAGACCAGACCACCUUCAUAAUUGGAGAAACACCGAAGGGGAUCCGCAGAAAACAAUUUGAAGAAAUGGCUUCUUAUUUUAAGUUGUCUUCUGUAAAGGAAUUUGCUAAACAUGUAACUAAUGCCACAUCAGAGGAACGACAGAAAAUGCUAAGAGACUUUUAUACUUCUCAGUAUCCAGAGGUAAGAGAAUUUUUUGUGGAUUCUCCCUCAGAAUGCACUAAGUCUGCCUGUGAGAAAGGAGAGAGAGUCAAGAAUAAGUCUGAAAAAAGAGAAUCUCUUAUGAAAGAACAGCUAUCAGAUUCUGAAACUGUGUCAUUUAAAAAUUCUACCAAAAAAAUUUCUCCAAUUUUCAGCCCCAACAUAUGUAAAAAAAAGUCAGUUAAGUUUCAAAAUCACAGUUCCUGUAAAGAAAAGGUGCUUUCCAGUGCUGUGGAAACUAAGAAAUUACCUAUAAACUGUACCCAGGAGACGGACAGUGGGGUCAGCAGCCAAGCAGCCAAAGACACUGCUGCAUCCCGUCCCCUGAACAGUAAGUCUGGAGCAGCUAAGGUGGAAAAGUUGGGAAAUGCCGGGACAGACCAACAGGAUCUCACCGGUUUGCGUAUUUCAAGAAAUGGGCCCACCUUCAAAGUGGAAAACGAAACAAUAGAAAAUCCAGUGUCAGAAAACACUUCUGUGGUAGGCUUACUUGGUGACACCUCUAUUCUUGAUGACCUCUUUAAAAGUCAUGAGAAUAGACCCACACAACUGCCGAAGAAGAUUCUUUCUGGGUCCAUCGAAAAAGUGAAACAGAAACCAAAAGAUUUCUGGGACAUCUUGAAUGACCAAAAUGACGACAGUCUUAGUAAACUCACCGACUUGGCAGUAAUAGAGACUCUCUGUGAAAAAGUGCCUUUUGCUGCAUCUUCCAAAAGGAAGGAGGAUCUCGAAGCUUCUCUUUGGAAAUCAAACGAGAAAUUUUUGUGGAAAAAAUUUAACUCAAGUGAUACAGAUGAAAGCACAGCUCAUACACAAGAGUGA